ACGGGCGAUGUGCUUGCUGGGUAAAGUAGUUCAUACGGAGCAUGUUAUUUGCUUUAUGUCGAACUUUGCGUGCAUUUUCAGCAAUAUUAUAGCACAUUUUUGUAGAUUACUAAUUGUACUAACAUUAAUUUGUUCUGUGAAGUCAUCUCUCCGUACAGCUUUAUUUUAUGUUGACUCUCCAUAAUCAAACAACUCAUAUCCCACAAUGCACAGUUUUAAUGUGUGUACUUCUAGCUAUGGCGGCGUCCACUGUCAAUGUGGAAAAUGUAAUCAAACUUCUUCAAGAGUCUCUUUGUAAACUGGGGUUUGAAGUAAAACCUUUAAAGGUUGGUUGGUAUAAUCAUGUGCUGCCUGCCUCUCUGCACCUGUCCUAUCCAGAGGACACUCUUGCUGUUGUGGUGCUCAGUACUCCUUCCAUGUUUGAACUUGCUUUUUUGCCAUUUCUGGAAGAGCAGUCCUGUCAGGGGCUGUCUGACCCCAUAGACCAGUGUGUGAAGCACUGUGUGUCCUCCGCUGUCUCACGGAGUUUUUCAGAUCGUACUGUUGCUGUAAGAUAUGACUAUGAGCUGUUUCCAAGUCGUAAACCAAAGUUCCUGGCACAAACUGCAGCCCAUGUCUCAGGAGCAGCUUUCUACUACCAACAGUCUGAUGUCCCGGAGCAGCCCUGGGGGGAGAAGAAGAUGUAUGGAGUGUGUGUGCAUCCACAGUUCGGAGGCUGGUUUGCUAUCAGAGCUUUGCUGGUGUUUGAAGAUGUGACGCUAGGUCCUGAACUGCAGCAGCCUCAUCCACCCGACUGUGUGCCCUCCAGAGAGGACAGGAUACGUUUACUGGAGGCUUUCAACUUUCAUUGGCAGGACUGGACUUACAGAAACAUCAUCAGCCCAGUCCAGAUCUACUCAGAGAAACAGAAGGACUAUUUCAGCACUCCACCUGCACAGCGUAUUGAUCUUUUAAAGACCUGGGGAUUUCUACAGAAAGACAACUCUGAAGGUGAACCGACUUCAGACACACAGAGACUGGCAAACGGGCAUGGAUGACCUGUGGGAACUACUGCACUGACUACUGCACUACCCAAUAUAAGCACACAGAAGGGAAUCGGGUAUGGAGAGAGAGUUCAGAGUACACUGGAUUUUAGAAAAGUAGAUUAACUAUUAUGUUAUGUCCCUUUCACACCACUCUGUUUAACAGUAUACUUCAAUCAUAUUCAGGGCUUUUUAAAUCAGGCACUUCUGCUUCUUCUAAAUAAUAUGUUGCCUUACUUGUAGUCUUGAUAUUGUUGCAGUGCAUCAGUGUUUUCUUUUCAGGUUUGCUUGAUUGUUCAUUGUCAUUAUAGACUGCAUUGAUCCAAUUGCAGGAGGCCAGUCUUUCACACUCCUAGCUUGUUUCAUUAUAGUUCUAAACUGCUUCUGGUCUGCUUCCUUGUAUAAUUAAAGACCAAUAAUGCGCAAAAUGCGAAAUGCCAAAUUACUGUUUGUUAGGGUUGACAGAUUUUAUUCAUCUGUCCAAAUAUAAUCUUUACACUUGACAUGCACAUGUAAGGACUAACCAGUAGAUGUCACUGUUGCCCUCAUUAUCGAACGGGAUCUUCGGCUAUGCAACAAAAUCAUCACCGUCAUCAAGUAUAACGUCUAAAGUUCUGACUCUGCCAAUAAAAUAAUUAUCAAACAAUUUA